UUUUAUUCAAUGAAGUGAGUAAUAAGUUAAUUCGGGUGAUUACACUCUUUUCAAACCUAUAAAAUAAAUACCAGUUAGUCGAUUUAGUAUAUUUUUUUCGUCUUUUCAACAUUCUCGUGUAAUGUGAUCUUUUGCAUGCGUGUAUGGCGUGAAGCGGGAGUGGGUCAUCAUGUGGUCUUAAAAAAAAAAGAAAAAGAAAGAAAGAAAAGAAGAAAAAAAAAAGGAACACGCCUUCCCGACUGUCAUCGGGUGGAGCUUAUUUAAGGAGUCCCUUAAAAGUGUUUCCGGCGUGUAAUUCAACUUAGGCGAGCUCCAAAUGCGGCAGAGAAGGCUUCAUUAACACGGAAACGCUUUGAAUUUCGAAAAGGCGGCUAGAUUUUUAAAAUAUACAUCGUCAAAUACAAUUAGUCUUUAGCUGUUGUUUUUUGUUCGUCCAUUUUUUUUACUUGAGGCUGAGAUUUGUUGGAUCUUCUUUUUUAUCCCGCGCUCGCUACCGUAACCGGUUAGUGCGCGCGCGCGCUAAUUAGCUUAACGGGAAACCGGCAUUAAGUUGAUCAAGAGUAACAACCUCAGCGUGACCAUCUUGGCACACCCCCAGUCAUAACUUCACAAUGGCUGUUUGCUCACUCUGUUUAAUGGCUAAAGACCAAACAACCUCCAGACAUAGUAUAAUUGCAGCAUAGCAAUAAUUAUUUAUUAGGUACUGUAGUUGAAUUUAAUUAUUUUCUGGCCAUUCCAUUUUUUUAAGUUUGCACUGAAUUUCAAAAGUCUUGUUAAUACAGACUUGCACAGCUAAAUAUUUAUUUUCCUUUCAUACGUUCUUGUUUUAGUUACUGUUUACAGCUAAUUUUAGAAGCAAAUAUACAUAUUUUGUGUCAGGUAUUACUUUCCCUUUAAGAUUGUGAAACAUUUCUUACAAAAUCUGCAGUCAUGGUAUCAACAACUACAGCUGCAAUAUUGGUGGUUAGUACAGUAGGAUUAACAACCCAAACUGCCCUGGUGGGGCACAUGUGGUUGCUGAUUGUGGGCUUCAUCAUCGCCUUCAUCUUGGCCUUUUCUGUGGGUGCCAAUGAUGUUGCCAACUCCUUUGGCACCGCUGUUGGUUCUGGAGUGGUCACUCUACGUCAAGCCUGUAUUCUGGCCACGGUGUUUGAGACUCUGGGUUCUGUCCUGCUGGGGGCUAAAGUGAGCGAAACCAUUCGGAAGGGUAUCAUCGACGUGAGCAUGUAUAAUGGUUCUGAGCCGGAGUUGAUGGCUGGGUCUGUCAGUGCCAUGGUUGGUUCUGCUGUGUGGCAGUUGGCUGCUUCUUUCCUAAAGCUUCCCAUCUCUGGAACGCACUGCAUUGUUGGUGCUACUAUUGGAUUCUCACUGAUUGCCAAAGGCCAGCAAGGAGUCCAGUGGUUAGAGCUCCUCCGUAUUGUUGGAUCUUGGUUCCUGAGUCCACUUUUGUCUGGGAUGAUGUCAGGCGCUGUGUUCUGGUUUGUGAGCAAGUUCAUUUUACACAAGAAAGAUCCUGUACCCAAUGGUCUGAAGGCCCUUCCUGUUUUCUAUGCCAUCACAAUGGGAAUUAACCUGUUCUCCAUCAUGUUCACUGGAGCUCCAAUGCUGGGACUUGACAAGAUUCCCUGGUGGGGCGUCCUGCUGAUCUCGUUGGCCUGUGCCCUGCUGACUGGUGUCGUGGUCUGGUUUGUAGUCUGCCCUCACUUAAAGAAAAAGAUUGAACGGGAUAUCAAGUCUUCUAGCCCUUCUGAGAGCCCCCUGAUGGAGAAGAGAGAGCUCAAAGACCCUCAAGAGGAUCCUGUCCCCAAACAGAUCACAGAAGAGAUCCCUCCGCCCCCCACACAGGCGCCGGAAGAACGUAAAGUGAUGUUUGACAUUGGCUGUACUGACGAUGGCGAAAAUAAGGACUGCGAGGUAUCCCCUGAUGCUGACAAUACAGAUGAUGGGUCCAGUAAGGAGCGCAGGGUGGCUUUUAACAUAGGUGACUCUGAGGACAAUGACUGCAGCGACGCUACCAAACAGUCAAAGAACCACAGCAAUGGUCACCAGGUCCACUUCAACAGUCAUUUAAAUAGCAAAGAUUCACAGAUCCCAAACAACGGUUACACCACAUACCACACAGUACACAAGGACUCCGGUCUCUACAAAGACUUGCUGCACAAGCUCCACCUGGCUAAAGUUGGAGACUGCAUGGGUGAAGGUGGCGAUCGUCCCAUUCGUCGCAACAACAGCUAUACCUCAUACACUAUGGCCAUCAUCGGUAUGCACACAGACUUCAGACAUAAAGAUGGCGAUAACCGCGCUGGUCCAGACGGGGAUAAGGCCCAAGGCUUGGGUGGUCCUGAGAAGAAGCGUGUGCGCAUGGACAGCUACACCAGCUACUGCAAUGCAGUAGCGGAGGAGACGACUCCGGAAACUCACCAAAAUGAUGUGAAACUUGAAAUUGGAGGAGAGGAUGGAGGUAGCAGCCAAAGUUCUCUGGAUGACAAACUUGACGAGGACAAGCCAGAGGUCUCCACUCUGUUUCAGUUCCUCCAGAUUCUGACCGCUUGCUUUGGAUCCUUUGCUCAUGGAGGGAACGAUGUGAGGUGGGGAAUUGGACCAUUGGUGGCUCUGUGGUUGGUUUACGACUCAGGCAAUGUGAUGUCAAGUCAACCCACACCCAUAUGGCUUCUGCUGUACGGGGGUGUAGGCAUUUGUGUUGGACUCUGGGUAUGGGGUCGCAGAGUCAUCCAGACUAUGGGCAGGGACCUCACACCCAUCACUCCCUCAAGUGGUUUCAGCAUUGAACUGGCCUCUGCCUUGACUGUAGUGGUUGCUUCUAACAUUGGUCUGCCCGUCUCUACAACCCACUGCAAGGUGGGCUCAGUGGUGGCAGUAGGCUGGCUCCGCUCCAAAAAGGCGGUGGAUUGGCGCCUGUUUAGAAAUAUCUUCAUGGCAUGGUUUGUGACUGUGCCCAUCUCUGGCCUCAUCAGUGCAGCUAUCAUGGCCAUUUUCAUCUACGGCAUCCUAUAAGCACGCAGUUUCAUUCCAAUCCAGAAGGGAGGAGCCGCUGUUUCAAUGCUUAACCAGAAGAGGAGUAAUAUGUCAUGGCCAAAAUAUAUUACUGACCUCAAUCUGACAACCGAAGGAAAAAAAAUGUGGACGUGUUUAAUCAAAGUAUGAAAGUACUUGUUUCAUGUGCCUGUUGUUCCUGGCCGCAUCAAUUAUUUUCCUGUUAUAUCACUGGUUUACUUUAAUGUAAGUAGAAAAGCUUGCAUAUCUGUUCUGUAUCUUGAAAACAUGUUUUCAUUUUUCUUUCUCCAAAGACUAUAUGCAAUUUUCUGUGUAUAAUUAGUUUUACAUGCUGGGGAACAAUGCUGUAAUUGUUUUAUUUCAAAGUUGAAGUCUUUUUAAAUGUUUUUUCCAUUAACAAGAUUAAGAAACCUUCCCAAUUUCCAUGUUCCAUUGUUAUCUAUCAGGUUUUUUUUUCUCUUGAAGUUAAACAGUCACAUCAAACUGCUGCUUUGGAGAACUGCAGCUUCUUUUAGCAUUGUUAAGAGUGUGCUGUAGACAACUUCAUAUUUGUCAAAAUAAAUCAAAUCAAAGGAUCACUGUAAUUGAAGCACUACAAGAAAAGGCACCCUUAAAGGAUAAAACAUGUCAGUAUUUUUAAAUGGGAACAGAACUUGUUCUCAAAUUAGCUGCAUAUCUGCAACCUUUGACAAUUGCUUUCAACUGUACUGGUUCAACCUGCAGCAGCCAUUUCCACUACAGGAACUUGCAUAUUUAAUGGAAAGAAGAAAAAAAAGAUUUGGCAUGUUCUAACUUUGCUCUUUAAUUCCUAAUCUUCCAAAUGCAAAAGAACUGGACCUUCAAACUGGAGAGUGGGAUAGUAUGGAAUGGCUUGCGUUUUUCUUUUGCGUGCCACCAGUGCGUUGAUGGUUGAUUGCAAUACUAAAUACAUUUCAGACAGUA